GGAGCGGCGGGGGCCGAGGCGGGCGGAGGUGCCGCCCGCGCCCUCCCCGGCGCCUUCGCCAAGGGAAGGGAUGCUCUGCUCCUAGCGGCCCGGGCGUCGUGAGGAUGUCGGCCAUCCCGGAGGCGCUGGGCCGCCAGCGGAGCAGCUCCUUCCGCAGCCUGGCCGGGACGCUGGAGAGCCCCAUGGUGAUGCUGCCGCUGGAGGCCGACCGCGAGGAGAUGCGCAUCCUCAAGGUGUGCUUCUACAGCAACAGCUUCAACAUGGGCAAGAACUUCAAGCUGGUGAAGUGCCCCGUGACGACGGAGAUCCGGGAGGUGAUCAAGUCCAUCCUGGUGAGCGGCCGCAUGGGGCCUGACAUCAAGCUGGCUGAGUGCUACGGGCUCCGCCUGAAGCACGUCAAGUCGGAUGAGAUCCACUGGCUGCACCCGGACCUGACGGUGGGCGAAGUGCAGGAGAAGUACGAGUGCCUGCACCUGGAGGCCGAGUGGAGGUAUGAUCUCCAAAUCCGAUAUCUCCCAGAGGAUUACAUGGAGCGUUUCAAGGAAGACAGGACCACACUGCUCUACUUCUACCAGCAGCUCCGCAGCGAGUACAUGCAGAAUUAUGCCAGCAAGGUGAGCGAAGGCAUGGCCUUGCAGCUGGGCUGCCUCGAGCUCAGGAGAUUUUACAAGGAUAUGCCUCAGAAUGCCCUGGAUAAGAAGUCCAACUUCGAGCUCCUGGAGAAGGAGGUGGGCCUGGACCUGUUCUUCCCCAGCCAGAUGCAGGAGAAUCUGAAGCCCAAGCAGUUUCGGAAGAUGAUCCAGCAGACGUUCCAGCAGUACGCCCUGCUGCGGGAGGAGGAGUGCAUCCUCAAGUUCCUGCACACCCUUGCCACCUUCGCCAACAUCGACCAGGAGAGCUACCGCUGCGAGCUCAUACAAGGGUGGAACAUCACCGUGGACCUUGUCAUUGGGCCCAAGGGCAUCCGACAGAUGACGAGCAAAGAGGCCAAGCCCACCUGCUUGGCUGAGUUCAGGCACAUCAAGUCCAUCAAGUGCUCAAGCGUGGAGGACGGCAGGGCCGUGCUGCAACUGGGGCUUGCGGGCACCCCCCAGUCCCUGGCUAUCAAGACAUCCUCUCUGGCUGAAGCAGAGAACAUGGCCGACCUCAUAGACGGCUACUGCCGGCUGCAAGGGGACCUGGAAACCUCCCUCAUCAUUUUCCCCCGGAAAGAAAAGGAGAAGAGGAUCAGCCUGCCGCAGAUCCCGACCCAGCAUGUAGAGGAGAGAAAGUCCGUGUUAUCAGACAGCAUAAGCAUGGAAUCUGAUAUUUAUGCAGAAAUCCCAGAUGAGUCCUCAAGACCAAGGUCUGGAGUCCAGUACUAUGGGAUCUCCCGGGAGGACAUCACGCUGGGCAGGAUCCUUGGGGAAGGCUUCUUCGGAGAAGUGUAUGAGGGCAUCUACACCAACCCAAAAGGGGAGCGGAUCAACGUGGCUGUGAAGACUUGCAAGAAGGACUGCAGCCCAGAGAACAAGGACAAGUUCCUGAGCGAAGCAGUGCUGAUGAAGAAGCUGGACCACCCCCAUAUCGUAAAGCUCAUCGGCAUCGCGGAAGAGGAGCCAACCUGGAUCAUUAUGGAGCUCUACCCCUAUGGAGAGCUGGGGCAGUACCUCGAGCAGAACAAGCACUCACUGACUGUGCCUACACUCAUCCUGUACGCGCUGCAGAUCAGCAAAGCCCUGGCUUACCUGGAGGCCAUCAACUGCGUCCACAGGGAUAUUGCUGUGAGGAAUAUCCUCGUGGCCUCACCAGAAUGUGUGAAGCUGGGUGACUUUGGGCUCUCCAGAUACAUAGAAGAAGAGGAAUACUAUAAAGCAUCUGUGACCCGUCUCCCCAUCAAGUGGAUGUCACCAGAGUCCAUCAACUUCCGCCGCUUUACGACGGCCAGUGACGUGUGGAUGUUUGCCGUGUGCAUGUGGGAGAUCCUGAGCUACGGCAAGCAACCCUUCUUCUGGCUGGAGAACAAGGACGUGAUCGGAGUGCUGGAGAAGGGCGACCGCCUCCCCAAGCCCGACCUCUGCCCACCUGUCCUUUACACCCUCAUGACACGCUGCUGGGAUUAUGACCCCAGUGAAAGGCCCAAGUUCAAGGAGUUGGUCUGCAGCUUGAGUGACAUUUACCUGAUGGAGAAGGAGCUUGCCAAGGAACAGGAGAGGAACAAUCGCCAUCGGCCUCCCAAAAUCAUGGAGCCACCAUCAUUCCAGGAGCCACCACCAAAGCCCAGCAGGCCCAAAUAUAAACCACCACCCCAGAACAACCUCCUGGCUCCCAAGCUACAGUUCCAGGUGCCCGAGGGUCUGUGUGCCAGCUCGCCCACGCUCACCAGCCCCGCCGAGUACCAGUCGCCAGCCAGCUCCCUGCACACCCCACCGCUCAACCGCCACAACGUCUUCAAGCGCCACAGCAUGAGGGAGGAAGAUUUCCUCCGGCCCAACAGCAGGGAGGAGGCCCAGAAACUGUGGGAGAUGGAGCGGCUCAAGAUGCGGCAGGUCCUGGACAAGCAGCAGAAGCAGAUGGUGGAGGAUUACCAGUGGCUGAGGCAGGAGGAAAAGUCACUGGACCCAACGGUGUUCAUGAACAGCAGCAUUCCUCCGCUGCUCCCAGAGAAGGAGACAGAUUACACGGAGUUCACAGGACCACCCCAGAAGCCUCCAAGACUUGGGGCACAGUCCAUCCACCCGGCCCCCACCGCCAACCUGGACCGCACGGAUGACAUGGUAUACAGCAAUGUCAUGGAGCUGGUGCGGUCUGUGCUGCAGCUCAAGAACGAGAUCAGCCUCCUGCCCCCGGAGGGGUACAUCCUUGUGGUGAAGAACGUGGGCCUGUCGCUCCGGAAGCUGAUCGGCAGCGUCGACGAGAUCCUGCCGGUGAUGCCCGCGGCCUCGCGCACCGAGAUCGAGGGGACCCAGAAGCUGCUGAAUAAGGACUUGGCUGACCUCAUCAACAAGAUGCGCCUGGCUCAGCAGAACGCCGUCACCUCGCUGAGCGAGGAGUGUAAGCGGCAGAUGCUUACGGCCUCCCACACGCUGGCUGUGGACGCCAAGAACCUCCUUGAUGCUGUGGACCAAGCCAAGGUCCAGGCCAACCUGGUGAAGCUGUGCUUGGAGUGAGAGAAGGGGUGGAGAGAGGGAAGGAGAAGGGAUGGGAAAGGAGAGAGUGCACGCUCCUGUCGGCAGAGACAGGAGGAGGGUGUUGCGGAAGACCUGGCUUUUAUGUAUCUGCCGUGGCCUCACCAUCCUGCCCUCCCUGUCCCACCUCCUCCUGCAGCCGCUCAUGUCUUUAGUAUCACCGUUGGUCUUCUGAAGGAGGGAGGCACCUGGCAACUUGUCCUUGAGAGGGCUGGGGUGACGCUGGCUGUCCCUGAGGGAGGCCAGAGAUCCCCCUGGCUUCGCGGGCGCUCUGCUCCCCGGCUUUGGAGGUAUCCACGUGUCCGCUCCCUGGCCCCUCCAAGGCCAGCCGCAGGCGCCGUGUUGUGCUGGACCUCGCUCCUUGCCGCUGGGAACGGCGGCGGGGGGAGCUGGCUUCCCAGGAGCCCUGCGCGGCCGCCCGCUGCUCCUCUCGGAUGGUGGUGCGAGUCCCCGGGUUGUUUGGAGUGGCCGCGGGUGACCUGCGAAGGGACUGUUUGCAUUUCCUUGUACAUUGUAUAGAAGAGAUUAUUUAAUGACAGCGUGUGGACCUGCACGCCUGGCUGGGAGCGGCUCGCGCGCCCUUCCCUGGAGCGCGGGAGGGAGGGACGCUGCUGACCGCAGCCCUCGGUCACACAAACCGCCCGCGAGAGCAGCGCGUCUCCCCGAGCUGCUCCGUGCAAGAAACAGCAGCAAGGAAAUCUCUGUUCGGUUUGUGCUUGAGUCAGAAAUUGUACGGUUCGGGCUUUUCCCCAGCGUCUUCCCACAGUGCUGUUCGUUCCGGCUGAGAUAAACCAUACGCAACGUC